UCCACAAUCAAAAGGAGGGGAAAAAAAAUCAUCACACGCAAACUCGCGGAGGAGAGAAAAAGCGAAAAGAGAGAAAAGUAGGGAGAUACAUAGAAAAGAAAGAAACAAAAGUUUUGUUUCGAAGAGAGAUGGACGCGAAGGGCGGUCGCGUCCAGAACGGAUUCCGACAGUGGCUGGAGGCGGGGAGCGACGCCAUCCCCGCUCCGGAUGUUCAAAUUUUGACCUCCGGUGGCCGCAAAAUUUCCGCCCAUUCUGCAGUUCUUGCCGCGGCGUCGCCUGUGAUGGAGAGUAUAUUGGAUCGGGCACAAAAGCGUGGAAAAUCGCGCAGGGUUAUUCGGAUCCUGGGAGUCCCCCAUGAUGCUGUAACCGUGUUUGUGCGGUUGAUCUACUCCUUUGGGUGCGUGUCGUUGGACGAGGAGGAGGAGAUGGGGAGGUACGGGCUGCACCUGCUGGUGCUGUCGCAUGCGUACGACGUGGGGUGGCUGAAGCGUGCGUGCGAGGCGGCGCUGGCGCUGCGGCUGACGGCGGAGGGCAUGGUGGACGUGUUGCUGCUGGCGCGGCAGUGCAAUGCCGCGCGGCUGUACCUCCGCUGCAUGAAGCUGCUGGCCAAGGACUUCGCUGCCGUCAAGAGGACCGAAGCCUGGCAGUUCCUCCAGGCCAACGACCCCUGGCUCGAGCUCGAAAUCCUCCAGUUCCUCCAGGAGGCCGAUCUGAGAAAGAAGCGGGUUGGGCGCAAGCUGGCGUACCAGCGGGUGUAUGAAGAGCUGGGGGACGCAAUGGAGUGCCUGCAACACAUGUACAUGGGCAAGGACGGAAGCAAGAAGAACCACCCCUGCUCCUCAUCUGCCUGCUACCGCAACCUGCAGCUCCUCAUCCAACACCUCGCUGUCUGCCCCCGCAGGAAAGCCUGCCCCCGCUGCUGCCGCAUGUUGCAGCUCCUCCGCCUCCACUCCGCCCUCUGCGACGGCAGCCCGCAGCAGGAUUGCCGCGUCCCUCUUUGCUCGCACUUCAAGCUGAGAAUGCAGCGGCAGAAGGAAGGGAAAGAAGAGGAGGACACGUGGCAGCUUCUGGUGAAGAAGGUGAAGGUUGCUCGAGUUAUGUCCUCCUUGUCUAAGAGGAAGGGACAGGAAGGAGUUCACGAGCAAUUCGCACUUUGCACUACUACUGCAAGGACCAGUGACUAAUUUCAUAGAAAUUUUCUUUUCCCUUUUGUUCUUUCCCCCCUAUUUGUAAGGAAUUAAGAUGUGCCUUCCUUACGAAGAGAGCAGCUUGAUGUAUGUAUAUGCAUGCCAAUCUUCUAGAGAGAAAGAGUUCUUAGCUUGUUAAAAAGGGGUAGACAGCUGUUAUAGAAGUGGAACUUGUAUUAGAGAAGAGCUUGGUGUGUGUAUAUGAAUGUCCAUCUAGGAAGAGAGAAAGAGUUCUUAGCUUGCAAAAAAGGGGCAAAUAGUUGUUAUAGAAGUGAAACUUGUAUUAGAGAGGAGCUCAGUGUGUAUAUGUAUGUCUAUCUUUUAGAGAGAGAGAGAGAGAGAGAGAGUUCUUAGCUUAUAUAAAAAUGGGCAGAUAGCUGUUAUAGAAGUGAAACUUGUAUUAGAGUGGAGCUUGAUGUAUGCGUAUGUAUGCCUAUUUUUCAGAGAGAAACAGUCCAGCUGUUAUAAAAAUGGAUCUUGUUUAAGCAUAAGAA